AUGUGUCCCGUCGCGUGCUCCCGCAGCAGCCUGAGCGGCGGCGGCGGCGGCGGCGUGGGCGUCGACGCGGCGUCGGCGGCCGCGGCGGCGUUGGCGGCCAUGGACGGGGCCGCGGCGCUGUCGCACGCGCUCGCCGGGCCCGACAGCGUGGCCGAGAAGGAGCGCCGCCUCUCGGAGAUGAUCUUCCAGCUGCAGCUGGCUCGCGAUCAGCUGCUCUCUUCGCAGGAGAUCGGCAAGAUUUUACCUCCUAAUCAAGAUCAUUCAGAUCGUAGUCCCAGCUUUCAUUGUUCGAUUUAG